UCUUGCCUCCUGCCUCCCACCGCCACCCCCGCAUGCCAGUCUUGUUGCUAUGGAGACAGACCUGGCUGCACCAAGACUUGGGAGAUACUAGAAGCUGGCUGGCCAACCUCUGCAACAGGCUGUGGGUGGAAAGGAGGAGCCAGAGAAAGGGGCCUCUGGGCAGAGAGGCUCCGGACCGCAGAGGCCCCCUGCUCUGCUGACUCCGCCCACACUACCCCCACCCACACCGGGUGUAGAAAUACUGCGGCAGUCCUGGCCACCACCCACUGCACUGCGACCCUGUGUAGAAAUACUGCUGCAGUCCGGACCACCACCUACUGCACUGCAACCCUGUAGGGACUUCGCCUCCCAGUCUCAGCAGCUGACCCGUCUAUCCGUCUUCUGCGCCGAUGGCUAAAGGUUCCUUUCCGCGCAAGCCCUGGGCUCCAGAGCAGAUGUAUUUCGACUCUGACCCAGAGUCCGAGGGCCUCUUCGAUAAGCCGCCCCCGGAAGAGGGCCACACUGUCCGUGCAGCCAAGUCGGCGUCCUCGACUGGCAAGAAAUCUGGUCGGCGUGUGGGCGGGAGGGCUCCGGGGACCCGCACUGGACAGUCCCGGAAGGCGGUCGUGCGCCCGGAGCCUGAGGAAGAGGAGCCUCUGGUGGACGAGGGCUGCUACCUCGACCAUUUUCCGCACCUCUCCAUCUUCAUCUACGCGGCCAUCGCCUUCUCCAUCACUUCCUGCAUUUUCACCUAUAUCCAUUUGCAGCUUGCCUAAGCGGCCAGGGUCCCACAUGGGGGGUAGGGGAGGUGGGAGCGAUUGGGGUAGGGGAACUCGCAUCCUGUUGUUUUGGAAAUGCGCUACACCCUUUCAUCUAGCUUUUGAUGCUUUUCUUUGUCGUUGCUUGUGUAGCGUUUCAUCAAAAGGUCCAGAGUCGCUGCCGGCAAUGAAUUAGCAGCGCUGCUUGCACCCACACAUUAAGUGCAAUUAGUCUGUAACGUUUACGAUCCUGGAUUGGAUUGAACCCCGUUUGUAAUUAAGAUGAUGUCUCUGUACCCUACCACUUUGUGAUGUGAGGGCCCAGUGUUUUUGCAUUUGUAGAGCGCAGAAUGAGUCCAAGCUUCUGCUGCUUAAAAAGGAUGAACCAGACCGGAGCCUGCGGCCUCCCAGAGAUGGUACCCAGAGAAUCAGUGCCCUAGCUAUAGUGCUGGAGCCCCAUGACGCUACUGCGUCACAACAGAAGGAGCUGUUUCAGUCAGAACUCAGCACACCAAGCUGGGCGGACCUGGGAGAGCAGACGGGUAUGGCUGUAAGCUGGAGGUUUUGUGGCUACCAGGAGGACCCAAGGCCUGUAGUAAGCGGAGUUGAACAUAGAAAGCCAACGCUCAUGACAGAUUUUUGGACUGUGUGGAACGGGAGACCACAGACCUUCAGGGACGGAGGACUAGAAUUCGUGGAUUCUGUGAGAUAAGACUGAGGGUCUUCCUUUGCUGGGGUCCAUGGGAGGACUAUACUAGAAAAUUCUCAGAUGACUUCAUUUCAGCCUGGAGGCCCCCGAAGCUAAGGGAUCAAGAUGAAGGGGCUGGGAUUGGGCACUGUCAAUAUUAAGAGUUCCUGCUGGAUCUGUCAUCUCAGACUCAAAAAUAAAUACCAGAACUCAUCUUUGCAGGUUAAUUGCCUCCCCACUUUGUUUACUUGUGAAUGUCAGUUGUUCAAAUGCAGUCCUCCAGCACUGCUAUACUCUACGCAAAUGUCUGUAAUUGUGUUAUGUCUGAUGGAAUAAACUGCAUUCUCAGUC